AUGAACACGGGUAUGCGGGCAGAUGUAACAUUCGAUGAUGACAAUGAAAGGUUUGACCUUAGCAAUCUCAUUCGCCAACAAAAUGCCGUCAGGACUAAUGCUUUUGAUCCUCAAUCUUCUGAAGAAUAUAGACGAAUGGGCCACAACUUCAGAAAAAAAGCAAGAAAAAUGCCAACAAGCAUCGCUAGAUCUAGAGAUAAGCUUUUACAGCAAAUUCAGAAAGAAAGAAAAGAGCGAUUAAACCACAUAAUAAAUCAAGCCUUAUAUCAACUACACCAAGGGAGACGAUUUGAUGACUUUGCAUACCAUGAUGGCAUGGAUAGCGAUGGCGAGAACAUAGAUGACUUCAAUACAAAUUUAGAAAGGUUGACCAAUACAAAAGUCAAUAAGGAUACAAUUAACACCAGGCGCAAUUUACCCGUUGAAGAUGAAAAAAUACUUAUGCAUUACGCAUUCCCAGUUAAUCUAAGAGUUGAAGGUUAUUUACAAACUCCAUUAGAAUAA